AGCUUGAAAAUUCUCCUUCUUCUCUUGUUAAAUAACAAGCAUAGAACCCAGAAAUCCUUUCCCCCAUCUGCAGAAAUCCCGGAUCUGCUCUGUUCUUCGCCCUUGUCCGUCGGGUUCUGCUGGGUUUGAAUCCUUCGGCUUUUUCUGGUAAGAAACAGCCAUGAUUUCAUCCUUUUAGCUUUGAUUUAAGUUGGGUUUGCCUUAAUUUCUCGUGGUUCUCCAUUUUUGGGUUGGUCCCGUGAGUUCCCCUGCAGAAUUUCUUCUUCUCUGCCGCCGGCUUCUUCUUCCCCUGCUAACUCCGGUUCUUGCUGGAAAAUUCUGGAAUUUUGUUAAUUGGGCUGUUGUGAUGUUGUGUAGGAGUAACCCCGUGACUUAGCCAUUGUUGGCCAAAGCCGUGGGUCUCCAUUGCUUGUCCGGGAAAUUGGAAUGAAUUUUGGUAGCUUUAAGCUAUGAUUUAAAGUGUGGUUUAAGUAGAAAAUUAGAUUGUUAUGAUUGUUGUGAGAUUAGUUAUGGUUUUGCAAUUUUGGAAGUUGAAGUUACUGUUCAUGAGUACUGUUCAUAGGCACUGUCCACACACCGAGGUCCGGUAUUAAUUCUGAGAUGUUUUGAUUAGGUUCCCAAUCGUUUUGUCAGUUAGCAUUGAGAUUGAGUGCUCGGUUUUAUGCGAGUGAGGUAAGUAAAUUAUGGUAAAGCCCUUCGAUUUUAAAGCAUGUUUUAAACUGUUUUUGAGAUGGUGGCAAGGUUUAAAUUGAUUUUAAAUUGAUUUUAUCAGCAUCGGAAUGUGAUGAAACUGAAAUGGAAGUUGUGAUGGUUUUUAUGAGAAUUUCACUGUUUUCCUGGAAUUGAGCAUGAUUGGAAUGAAAAUGGGAAUUGCAUUGUUUUAUGGAAUUGAGCAUGAUUGGAAUGAAAUUGUUUUCUUUGCAUUGAGUAGAGCAUGCCUAUUUGGAAUUGACUGAACUGUUUUGAUGAAUUGAGAGUUUGCAAAUUCUGAGCUUUCUGUUAAAUCCAUGCUCACAUGGAAAUUUUCCGAUUAUUUCUGAAAUUGGAGAUUGAUUGUGAAAUUUGGGUUUUCUGUAAAUCUUGCAUGGUUUUGUCUCGGAUAUAGUCAUGAUUACUGACGCCCGCUAAUGGGAGCUGUAAACGCUAACACAUGUCGAACAUGUAUUUCUGUAGAACCGGUUCGUCCUGCCAAUGGGAUAAAACAUUGGCAGUAUUACUGACGCCUGCCAGUGGGAGUGUGUUAAACACUAGCACUAUUACUGACGCCUGCCAGUGGGAGUUUGUAAACAUUGGCCAUGACUUAUAGAUGAGACUACUGAACUAAGUUUCUUCUGCAUUAACGGAAUCGAAAUCGAGAACAGGGAAACCAAGGCUAGUCACCUGGAAUUUGCUAUAGAUUUUAGAUACAGAUUAUGAUCUUGUAAGCUAGAGUGUAUUUGGAGAUUUUAUGAUAUCAUAGCAGAUUGUAAAAUUUUAUCUUGAGAUUUUGUGGUAUCGAAUUGUGAUUUGAAUAAGUUUUGAGCCUUGUGCACUUGUGGGACCCGUCUCACGAGUGCACGGCGUCUGUCGCGUCCUCAGAUUUGGGUUCUGGGGCGUGACAAUGUAUGUUUGGGAAUGUGCAUUCAAUUAUACUAAAAUCUCAUUCAAAUA